AUGGUUUUCGAAGACAGCAUCGUUUUGGAUCAGUUGCGAUACACGGGCGUGUUGGAAGCUACCAGGAUUCGGAAAUCCGGAUUUCCUGUUAGGCCAACAUAUCAAGACCUAUUAAAUCGAUAUGGAUUUUUGAUCGCUAAAUCUCACUACAAGCAACUACGAAGCAUCGAAGAUCCUAAAGAAGCCGUGUGUUACCUUCUACAACAUUUGGAUAUCUCUGUUGGGGAACAUGGCAAUCCACAAAAAGGGUUAGAUUACGAGUUGGGAGAUACAAAGCUGUUCAUGCGAAAUAAACUGGCCGUAGAUCUGGAAGCAAUCUGCACCAUUAUUCAGCACCGAUCUGCGCGUAUCAUCCAAGAGGCAUGGAGAAAACGAGGAGAUGGUCUUUACGAAAGGGCUCGCCAUAAUGCAGCCACAGUAAUCCAAUCACACUUUCGUGGUUACCUUGCCAGACGGCAAAACCCCGCUAUUUCUCGCAUCGCUGCGCAGCGGGCUCCUGUGGAGGUUGAACCUGAAGAGCCUGUAGAAUCAUUGUCCGACCUGGAAAUAUCUCGUUUGGAAAUUCCAAGUGAUCUGGCUUUCAUUUUGGAGGAGAAACCAAUGGAUCAGUUAUCUUGGCUGAAUUCACAUAAGGUGACUAAACCGCGUGGAAGUAUUCGGCGAUUGUUAUCCAAUCACCCUGCAAGUGGAUGGCAGACAUAUGGUCGACCGGUUUGGGAUGCUCAACCAUUGUCCUAUCUGGUCAGGAGUCAACUUGGUUUUCGAUUAGCUCCCCGAAAACGACCCAUCCUACUGACACAGGCAACUGAAGGUCAGCAGGCGGCAGCUGCAGCAGCCUCCAAACUUGUAUUGCGAUUGAUUCAUUUACCGGAACAACCAAUCAUGGAUCAGUUCCUUAUUGGUAGCUAUUUGUAUCAGUUGGGUUUGGUCAAUAAAUCUUUGCACAAAGAGAUUUUGGCACAGUUGCUCAGUCAGUCCGUGAAUUGGCCAGAUCAAGCCGGUCUUACUGAGGAAUCGGACAAGGAAGACGAAGAGAGUCUUUUCGAAACAACAACGCAACAGUCUCGGGCGCCACAAACGUACUCGAUUGCAGAAGGAAACGUACAAGGUGUAAUACGCGAUCGAAAUCCAAUCGGAUCGAGCGAUUUACAACGACGCGCAUUUCGUCGCCUAUGGAUGCAUGUAGCCGGAGUUUUGACCUGCGGCCGAUUGUCUGGUACAUUAAAACCAGUAGUUGUUCGGUUUAUGCGUCAACAUGGACCAGUGCGUUCGGUACCAUUAUGUGAAGAUCGUUUGGUUAUGGCACCUUCAGUUCCUCGUCUCUAUCCUCCUUGCCUUCUGGAAUGGCGUGUCAACUACACCGGAAACAAUAUGGGAAUUGACUUGAAAUUUCCUGAUGGUCUUUCCUCCGUCAUUCAUGUGGGUUGUUUCACUCGAGCGGAAACCUUAGCUGGAAUGGCUAUGGCUCUACGACCGAAAUCACCGACAGAUAUUGCAGCGGAUGCUCGUGUUGCAGGUGCCCCACCCGACUCUCCACUUCCUCCAGAUGUGACCGGAACGCGAAAAUCAACCACGGCAUUGCCACAUGAGAUGCGGUACUACACAUACGAACGGCCAGGUUGUUCAAUCCAGUUGAGAAAAGAGUUUAUCAGUCCAAAGGAACGCAUUCGAUCAAGUCUAGUCCUCACGCUUGUCUUCGCUCAAGUCGUCAGCGAUGCCAAAGAUUAUGUUAACCCUCGUCUUCGGAGUGCUGACAGACAAAUGAUACUUGAUAUGGUUGGUGAUCGUUACCUCUCAAAAUGGCCGGAGUCCCUCAAAUCUAUUCCUUUAGAGGUGAAGAAGCAAGUGGUUCAGCAGUCUCUUAAAUUUCCGUUUUAUUUCGGCCGCUUUUAUCCAAUAUUGUAUUUGGACAACCCCAUAUCAGUCAACGAUUGCCAUUGGCUUGUUGUGGCACACCAUGGCAUUCGUGUAGUCUUUCAGAGUCGUGACCGACCUGAUUUUGAUCUAAAAGCAACCUUGGAAUUGGGGGAUAUCAAACAAGUGCAAGCGAAUCACGUAGUAGCCAGACCACGUUGGCGUCUCGGGGACGACACACAAAGUGAACAUCCGGGUGUAGCCGGCUAUUUGAGCAGCGAGACCAAGCCGGUGGAUGUUGUGGGUGGAUUGAAAAAUAUGUUACAGAUUACUACAACUGACAAGGUUCACCAAUUCUAUACGGAGCUGGCCGAAAGAAUUCAAGAGAAUGUAAACGAUUUUCUGAAGGAAUACGAACAAGAAGUACGUAAGCACAUCUUGUAA